AUGUCGUCAUCACAUAAUCGAUCUUCAAGUACACGUCCCUCUCGACCUACACAAACAGUGGCACCAUUAGACACCCAACGAUCAGCAAGUGCCCCCAAUCGUCAAUUUAUUAUUAUUCUCACCAAUAAUCCCGAACUGUUACGACAAACUCGUCGAUUUCAACCUCAAAUACCACUCGAUACACAAAGAAACACCAAUGUUGCAUCGAAUGCUCGAUCAAAUAAUGGAGCAACAAAUACCAACAGCAAUCACAAUAAUCGUGAACAAAUACUCGAUAAUUUAUUUCGAGAAUGGCAACAACGAUUUCGAGGUGGCAUGUUAGCACCCAAUGUUCCGAUUCACUUUGGCGUUGCUCACACUGAAGAGCAUGAAACAUUAUUAUACAAUACACUACAAUUUGAAUUAGAAGAAUGUAUUCGAGCCUACCUUCAACGAACUCAACGAUUAUAUCCUAUUAACUUGAAUGACCAACCACAACAAAGAUUUCAGUCCACAUUCGAUUGGCCUACGCAAUUAUUAGUGAAAAAUGAAGCCCAUGAUACAGCAUUGGAUGAACAAUUCAUUGCCAAAUUACGACAACUCAUUUAUGAAUAUAUGCAACAUACAACACGACCAUUACCACUUAAAUAUUUCCUUGAUCUUACUGAAGAAUAA